AUGGAGUCCGUCGUCGCCGCCAUGGCCAUUGCCGUCCGGGCUGGGGACAUUGCAGGGGCAGCCCAACUUGCCAGUCAGGCCUCCUUCCCGCUUGCAAUCUCUCCAUCAGAUAUCAGCAUAGUAUCGGCUCUGACCCAUGGAGGCCAGGCUACUGUGUGGAGCGCCGUGUUUCGGGAUCCCUCUGCCUCCCAAGACCAGCCACCCUCCCUUGUGGCCCUCAAGCGUCCCAGCCUCCGCACCACCACCGACCUCGACGCCUUCCGACGCGAGGUCCAGCUGCUGGGCAGCCUCCCCCACCCCAACCUCGUCACCCUUGUGGGGGCUCGCCUGCUGCCUCCCGGCUACUUCAUGCUGACGGCGCUGGAAGCCGGGGGCGACGCUGCCAGGCUGCUGCACAGAGAGGGCUGGCGCCCCUCCCUGGCCCUGCUGUGCCACCUGGGGUCACAAGCAGCGAGCGCUCUGUCGCACCUGCACGCGCACGGCAUCGUCCACAGGGAUGUCAAGCCGGCAAACAUGCUGCUGGACGCCGGCCGUGCCUUCCUCAAGCUGGCUGACCUGGGCAUCGCUCUGUGCUCGGGGUCGAGGCAUCAUGAGGAGGCCCCACGGGCCCCUGGCACCGGCCAGCCCUCCGGCGGCUUCCACAAGCUGCACAUGGUGGGCACCCUGGAGUACCUGGCACCGGAGGUGCUGUUGGGGGCCCGGCACACCCCCGCCAGCGACAUCUACUCGCUGGGCAUCUGCCUGAACGAGCUGGCUACCGCACAGCUUCCCUACAGCGACGCGGAGCGGGACGACCCGCUCAUGCAGACCUGCCUGGAGAUGGGGUACAGCAGGCAGGACCUGCGCGUUGCGAUUGCCAGCGGCGGCCUCAGGCCCAGCGUGGCCCCAGAUGCCCCGCCCGAGCUCACCCGGCUCAUCAGCCAGUGCUGGGUGGCAGGCGCGGGCGAGAGGCCCGGCGCGGCGCAGGUGGCCCAGGAUCUCGCCCGCCUCGCCAUUGAGCUGGCAGGCAAGGAGGAGGAGGCAGGGGCCCCGCGGGGCGGCUCGCCAGGCUUCUGCUCCGAGUGGGGUGCAGGUCGUGAGAGGUCUGCGAGGGGGGGCGGGCCUUGCCCGGGGUCCACCGCGCUGCUGGUCCUGCUUUCCUGCCGCCGCGCGGCGCUGGCCUGGGUGGGGGACGGGCGCGCCGUGCUGUGCAGGGGCGGGCGCGCGCUGGCGCUGACCGCCGAGCAUACGCCGGGACUGGAGGGGGAGCGGGCGCGGAUCGCGAGGGCGGGCGGGCGGCUGACGGGGCGGGAAGGAGGCCUCAGGCUGGGCGCAGCGGGGCUCAGCGUGUCCAGGGCCAUCGGCGACCUGGACCUACGGCAGGACGGCCUGAUCCCCGAUGCCGACAAGCUGGAAGUGGACCUCCGCCCCCAGGAUGACUUCGUGAUCCUUGCCAGCGACGGGUUGUGGGACGUGAUGACGAAUCAGGAGGCGGUCUGCCUGGUGCAGGACACGGUGAAGCACCCCACUAUGUGCGCCCAGCGGCUGGUGGAGGCGGCCCUGGCGCGGGGAUCGGGGGACAACAUCACCUGCAUUGUGGCCAUGCUGGGGCUCGGGGAGGAAAGCAUGCAUGAAGUAGCAUACAGCAGGGGCGCCCACAAGUAUGCUGGCGGCGGCCUCGGCGCCCCGGCCCCAUGA